UCCUUUUGCAGGAGCCUGGAGAGGUGUGGCUGGACCAAGACCUUCCCCGAUGUGAGCAGGUUUCCUCCCCCCACCACCUAUUGCCACCACGCCAGGGAACGUCCUUAAGCCCUGGCCUUCAGGGAAGAGGUAACAGGAACCCGGAGCCGAGACCAUGUGACGGCGCUGGCCCUGGCCACCGCCGUACCCCCCACCCUGGCCCCAGGCCCGGCACCAUGAUGUUCCGAGACCAGGUGGGCAUCCUCGCUGGCUGGUUCAAGGGCUGGAAUGAGUGUGAGCAGACAGUGGCCCUGCUGUCACUUCUGAAGCGGGUCACUCGCACCCAGGCUCGCUUCCUGCAGCUCUGUCUAGAACACUCCUUGGCGGACUGCAAUGACAUCCACCUGCUGGAGUCAGAGGCCAACAGUGCUGCCAUCGUCAGCCAGUGGCAGCAGGAGUCCAAAGAGAAGGUAGUGUCUCUCCUGCUGUCCCAUCUGCCCCUGCUUCAGCCACGCAACACGGAGGCCAAGUCGGAGUACAUGAGGCUGCUACAGAAAGUGCUGGCCUACUCGAUCGAGAGCAAUGCCUUCAUCGAGGAGAGCCGCCAGCUGCUCUCUUAUGCCCUCAUCCACCCGGCCACCACACUGGAGGACCGCAACUCACUGGCCCUCUGGCUGAGCCACUUGGAAGAUGAGUGGGGGGGGCCUGCAGAGCUGGGCCCUAGGGAGGCAGGGUCAGGCUGGCAGGACAAGCCACCCCGGGAAAAUGGACACGUUCCCUUCCACUCACCCAGCUCUGUGCCGCCAGUCAUCAACAGUAUUGGGAGCAACGCAAAUGCAGGUCUCCCCUGCCAAAUCCACCCCAGCCCGCUGAAGCGCUCCAUGUCGCUCAUUCCCACGAGCCCCCAGGCCCCUGGUGAGUGGCCGAGUCCAGAGGAGCUCGGGGCCCGAGCUGCUUUCACCACGCCCGACCACGCACCCCUCUCGCCCCAGAGCAGCGUGGCCUCCUCUGGCAGUGAGCAGACGGAGGAGCAGGGCUCCAGCCGGAACACUUUCCAGGAGGAUGGCAGUGGCAUGAAAGAUGUGCCCUCAUGGCUCAAGAGCCUCCGCUUGCACAAGUACGCAGCCCUUUUCUCACAGAUGAGCUACGAGGAGAUGAUGACACUGACUGAACAGCAUCUGGAGUCUCAGAAUGUCACCAAAGGUGCCCGCCACAAGAUAGCCCUGAGCAUCCAGAAGCUGCGUGAGAGGCAGAGCGUCCUCAAGUCCCUGGAGAAGGACGUGCUGGAAGGAGGAAACCUGCGAAACGCUCUGCAGGAGCUGCAGCAGGUCAUCGUCACCCCGAUCAAGGCCUACAGUGUUCUCCAGGCCACUGUGGCCCCCACCCCCACCACCUCCACCUCGACUGCCAGGGAUGCAGGCCAGGGGGAGCCACUGCUGCCAGGUGCUGAGUCUCCCCUGGCUCAUCCCAGCACAGACAAGGGCACUGAGGCCAAGGAUCCUCCAGCUGCAGAGAGCUACCCCCCUCCACCAGCUCCAGUUCCCACUGAUGGCAGCGAGCCAGCCCCACCUCCCGUUGCUGACGGAGACAUUCCCAGCCAGUUUACACGGGUGAUGGGCAAAGUGUGCACCCAGCUGCUGGUGUCUCGACCAGAUGAGGAGAACAUCACCAGUUACCUCCAGCUAAUCGAAAAGUGCCUGACUCAUGAGGCUUUCACGGAGACGCAGAAGAAACGGUUGCUGUCCUGGAAACAGCAAGUGCUGAAGCUCCUCCGAACCUUCCCGCGCAAAGCCGCACUAGAGAUGCAGAACUACCGGCAGCAGAAAGGCUGGGCGUUUGGCUCCAACUCACUCCCCAUAGCUGGCUCUGUGGGGAUGGGGGUGGCCCGGCGGACCCAGCGGCAGUUCCCAAUGCCUCCCCGGGCCCUUCCACCCGGCAGAAUGGGCCUUCUAAGCCCCUCGGGCAUUGGGGGCAUUUCCCCCAGACAUGCCCUCACCAGCCCCAACCUUGGGGGCCAAGGCCGACAGAACUUAUGGUUUGCCAACCCUGGAGGCAGCAACAGCAUGCCCAGCCAGAGCCGUAGCUCUGUGCAGCGCACGCACUCGCUCCCAGUCCACUCCUCGCCGCAGGCCAUUCUCAUGUUCCCUCCAGACUGUCCGGUCCCUGGGCCUGACCUGGAGAUCAACCCCACUCUGGAGUCUCUGUGUCUGAGCAUGACAGAACACGCCUUGGGUGAUGGGACAGACAAAACCUCCACCAUCUGACGGGACCCACAGCCCAGCGCACCCAUAGGCUCCCUGGGCGGCGGGCGGGGGCCAACCCCCAACGGGCUUCUCUGCGACAGCGAGAGGGUGGGCUGGCUCAGCUAUACAUUCUAGUAUUUUUCUACUCUCUCAUCCUUUUAACUUUUGUUUAACAUUGGCACCUGCCUUGCUCACUUUCGGGCCCAUUGAGGGAUCUCUGCCGAGGCCCAGGAAGGUAGGGGGCAGCCAGAAUAAAGGGGGCAGGAGCUUGGCCAGCCUGCCUGCCCCCCUUUCCUUCCUUAUAGCUCAUCUGGCCCCAUCCCACCCCCGCUUCCUCCAGAAUGUUCACCUGCCCCUGAGGGAGCAGCUCCCUCAUCCCCUGAGACUCACUGACCCACUAUCUUAUGGGGCCUGCUCAGAACCAUCAGACAUUUGGGGAGAGACAAGCUGGGUAAGAUAACCUGCUCUCCUGAAUAUUAUUUUGAGAGGCGCUAAGGAGAAGGUAGGUGAGGAAUCUCUUUCUCCUCGCCACCUUCUUCUCCUUCCCAAUUUCCAUCAUUCCCCGAGGACAGGAGCCAUCCUCUUCUCACUCACCUCCUUUUGCCCUGUUUAUCAGAGGUUCUCUACAAUUAAUUUCUUAGGCCUAUUUAAGAUACAUAUUUAUAUAGUUCUUAACGGUUUUUCUCUGAUCAUUCCCUCUCAUUUUUAGAAUCCCCAGGCCUCUUUCUGAGCCAAGAAAGUGGCAGGGGGAACCUGAAUUUUAUGAGGGGAGAGGGGCAGAGCCCCCUCCUCCAGACCCCCUAGCUCUUCCCCACUUCCCCCCAGCCUUGGCUCCCCAGAUGCAUAAGUUGAAGGUGGGGAGCCAGGACAGCCAAUGAGGUCAGGAAGUCUGUUGCCUUAACAUCCCCUUCCCCCAUCAACAUACUCUUCACUCCCAGGUCUGGUUGCUGAAAGACUUGGGGGUAAGGAAUAAGGGAAAGGGGAUUGUUUGGUUUUGGUUUCUUUCCCCACCCCCUUUCUCUCAUCCUUCCCCACUCCCCAUUAUGUCAUGACCUCAUUAAGUGGAACACUAUAUCAUAACCCAGAGAUUCCCCCAGCCCUGGAGUCAUACAGAGCCUCUGGUCCCUGUUCCUACUGCUGGGUUGUGCUGGGGCCCAGGUGGAGGGAGGGGAUUUGAGGGUUCAGGUUGUGGGGAAGCCAGGGUCCCCUAUUCCAACACCCUCCCCCCUCAACCCUCCCAUACACACUGGGACAUUCUCAAGCUUUUCACACCGAAAGGGAAAAAAUGUUAUUUUUAGAUACAUUUUAUGAAUAACUUUUGUUAUGAAUAUGGCUGGUAACCAUUGUGUAUGUUAUUAAAGAUGUUGGGAAAAAACAAAAAA